UGCAAUGGGUAUGAUGUUGCGGUCUCAUUACACGCAAUGUUUGGCCCAGAGGAAGCUGGCGUCACCGCUUUUAUGCAUGAGCCAAGACAAUGUGAGACGCAUUGCUGGUCAUCCCUGUUUGGGCCACACUCUCCGGGCCCCUCGUUCUUUUCCUUCUAUCCUUGAAAUUUUCGGCGGCCGAUAUGUCCCCGAGCUCGAAGCAAAACAUCUUCACUUACGCUGAUUUCGACCAUGAAGCAGUGUGUCGUCGGGCGAGCACACUACGCCAGGGUAUUCCAUGUACAUGUGAUCCCAGUCAGCGUCCUGCCUCAGGAAGCUUCAACUGGGCUAUCUUCAUCCUUUUCGCUGAUGGCGUACAAUGGGUCUUUAGAUCACCACACCAGAGGACAUUUAUGCCUCUUGAUCUUGGAGUGAAGCUACUAGCAAGUGAAGCUGCUACGCUCCGAUACCUCAAAGCCCAUAGCGAUAUUCCGGUCCCAGAAGUAUAUGACUAUUGGUAAUGCACCCCUCUGGACAUAUACUUCGGGCCUAACCUAUCAUAGCGCAUCGUCCGAUAAUGAAACCAAAGUUCCGUUCAUGCUCAUGAGCCAAG